ACGAGUUGGGUCCGUAGCCAGAAAGUUUCAAUAUCGUCACAGAUUUCCAACGAACGCGCAUACAAUUUCUUUUCGUUUAUCGAAAAAGGAAACGCGAUAAGAAGGAUGACGCGUAAAUUGAGCAAGUUCUUAAUACUCUUCGACAAUACCAAUUUGCUUUAUUUCCCUGGUCAUUUUUUGUCCGGCCGUGUGCUUAUCGAGCUUGACGAUGAGGCAUACGUCUCCGGACUGCAUUUUCACGUUGUUGGCGAAGGGGUCGUUCGUGUUCGUAGUCAACGUGCUGAAAGGGUCUACGAUAAAGAAAACUAUAUAGAUUUUCGAAUGAGACUUCUGGGCGAACCAGGCGAAGGACCGUCGCUUCUAUCACCAGGGAUUCACAGUUUUCCUUUUAAAUUGGGCUUACCCUUGGGCUUACCAUCAACCUUCUUGGGUAAACAUGGCUGGGUUCAAUAUUAUUGCAAAGCUGCACUACGAGAACCAGGUGGAUUGACUCAUAAAAAUCAACAGGUUUUCAUCGUUAUGAAUCCAAUCGAUUUGAAUCUCGAGCCACCGAUUUUAGCGCAACCUGCCAGGCAAGAGAUCGAACAACGCGUAGGCGUCUCCUGUGUCUCGAGUGGUCCAGUUUUAUGUCGAGUAAGUUUAGAUCGUGGCGGAUAUGUACCUGGUGAAACCAUCGGAAUCUCUGCUACCGUCAACAAUCGUAGCAAGGUUACGAUGAAAUCGACGAAAGCAUCCCUAACCGAAACGAUUCAGUAUCUAUGUCGUGGCAAGGUACUUGCGAGUGAAACUCGAGAACUAGCUAGCGUUUCAAGGGGAAAAAUCCGACCAGGCGAAGGCGAGGAAUGGUUGAACGAACAAAUGUAUGUUCCACCUUUACCACCUACUAAUUUGAGAGGGUGUCACUUGAUCAACGUACUGUAUCAUGUUUAUUUCGUUAUAAGCCCGAAGAGCUUGAACAAGGAGAUAAAACUACAGAUACCGAUCGUAUUAGCCACGUAUCCGCUCAGGCAGGAAGGAGCUCCAGCUGGUACUGCACCUUCUAAACGAGGAGCUCAUUAUCCUUCAACGCUGCCAAUUUUUAGACCAUGGCUCGACGACAAAGCUUUUGAGAUACAGGAAUGAAUGUAUUAAAUGUACGUUAAUGUUAUUCAUUCCUUUGCCUUUAUCCAAUUUGAAAUCAGGAUGCAAAGCGAAGGUUAUCAAAAUGUGUGCAAUAACCAAAAUACGAUGAUUCUGGUUUCUAGACGUUUGAGAUAUCGAAGAAGGUGAAAUACGCUUAUAACAAUGCUUCGUAAUUUUAUUUUUGAAAGAUCUGAAUUAUCAAAUUAAUAUUUUUUUGAUCCAAACAUUGGAUUCAUUUUAAUGGAAUACUCGAGAUCUUGAUGAAAUAGUUAACUAA